GUAUUUUUGUUUACCUCGACUAGGCUCUUAUAAAUGUUCUGUUCUUUGUUCCAAUUUCAGUAGUUGCUAAGCUGAGGAAUAGGUUAUAUGUAACUUUGAAAUAUAGACAUGCUUGUGUGUAGUCUAAGGGGUUGUUUGGAAGCUAUACUCAAACUAAAAUCAUGAUUCUCUGUAGUAUUUUUUAUCUCCCAGAGGGUUUCCUUCACAAAAUAUCCGCCAACAAACCCAAAUCAUGACCUGAGUAUGCCUUCUAAACGGAUCCUAAAGUUUUUAUCUUUUUAUCUUUUUUUUUUUCUUUUUUGUUAGGGUAUUAUAUCUAUAAUUUUUGUUGUGUUAAAGCUAAAACGUUGAAGUUCUUUAUCUUAACUCGAAGACCCAACAUGUCAUUGUUAUGAGUAGAUUGUACUUCAGUAGAUAACAUGUCGCUUGUGUCUCUGGUUGAAUUGGCCGUGUCUACUCGCUCGGCUCGCCUCGGCCGAGUUGUCCAUGCCCAAAUCAUUAGGAACCUUGGUUCUUCACUCCCUGCCUUUCUCUGUAACCACCUCGUCCACAUGUACUCCAAACUCGACCUACCUGAUUCAGCUCAACUCGUUCUCUCGCUCACCCCGUCUCGCUCCGUUGUCACGUGGAGCUCCCUCAUUGCUGGUUGUGUCCACAAUGGCCAUUUUGCUUCCGCUUUGCAUCAUUUUAGUGGCAUGCGUUUAGACUGUAUUCAACCAAACGACUUCACUUUUCCUUGCAUUUUCAAGGCCUCGGCGUCGCUUGGCAUGUCAUUUGUUGGAAGACAGGUUCAUGCUGUUGCGUUUAAGAUUGGCCAGAUACAUGAUGUCUUUGUUGGAUGUGGUGCCUUUGACAUGUAUUGCAAAACCGGUCUUUGGGAUGAUGCUUGUAAGGUGUUUGAUGAAAUGCCUGAGAGAAAUAGUACAACUUGGAAUGCAUAUAUAUCAAAUGCGGUGCUUAGUGGGAGGCCUAUUUAUGGUAUUAAGAAGUUUAUUGAGUUUCUAAGGGUUGGCGGGGAACCUGAUUCGAUCACUUUCUGCUCAUUUCUUAACGCAUGUUCCGAUAUGUCGGAUUUGGAGCUUGGGCGUCAAUUACAUGGGUUUGUGAUUCGAUGUGGAUAUGGAAAAUAUGUCAAAGUCAUGAAUGGGCUUAUUGAUUUUUAUGGGAAGUGUCAGGAGGUUGAGUCUUCCGAGAUGGUUUUUGAUAGAAUUCAUCUACGAAAUGAUGUUUCUUGGUGCUCUAUGAUGGCCGUGUAUGUGCAAAAUGAUGAAGAGGAAAAUGCUUGUGAAGUCUUUUUGAAGGCUAGAAAAGAAGGCCUUGUUCCUAAUGAUUUUAUGAUUUCAACAUUCCUAAGUGCUUGUGCUGGGUUGUCGGAUUUCGAUUUGGGUAGAUCAGGCCACACUCUUGCAGUGAAGGCCUGUGUUGAGGGAAAUAUCUUUGUUGGGAGUGCACUUGUGGAUAUGUAUGGUAAAUGUGGAAGCAUAAAUGACGCGGAGCGUGAGUUCAAUGAGAUGCCUCAUAGGAAUUCAAUCACUUGGAAUGCAAUGAUAAAUGGAUAUGCGCACCAAGGGCAUGCAGACAUGGCUUUGGCACUAUGUGAGAAAAUGACAUCAAGCAAUUGUGAGGUUCUACCAAAUUAUGUUACGUUAGUCUCUAUAUUAUCGGCCUGUAGUAAAGCAGGUGCAGUGGAAAAGGGUAUGGAGAUUUUUGAGUCGAUGAGAGCAAGGUAUGGAGUUGAACCAGGGGUGGAGCAUUACGCGUGUGUUGUGGACUUGUUAGGGCGUGCCGGUUUGGUAGAGCGUGCAUAUGAGUUUAUCAAGAAGAUGCCAAUUCUCCCCACAACUUCAGUUUGGGGGGCUCUUCUCGGAGCUUGUAAAAUGUAUAGGAAAUCUGAACUCGGUGAGAUUGCAGCUGAUAAUUUAUUUAAACUUGAUCCUAAAGAUUCGGGCAAUCAUGUGGUGCUUUCUAAUAUGUUUGCUGCUGCUGGCAGAUGGGAAGAAGCCACUCUUGUGAGGAAGGAAAUGAAAGAUGUUGGGAUUAAGAAAGGUGCAGGCUAUAGUUGGAUCACUGUAAAGAAUACAGUCCAUAUCUUUCAAGCGAAGGAUACAUCCCACGAAAGAAACUCUGAGAUUCAGGAAAUGCUAACCAAGUUAAGGAGGAUGGUGAAGGAGGCAGGCUAUUUUCCUGACACCAAUUAUGCUCUAUUUGAUUUAGAAGAAGAAGAGAAAACAUCAGAAGUUUGGUACCACAGUGAAAAACUUGCCCUUGCCUUUGGCCUAGUAGCCAUUCCUCCUGGUGUACCAAUCAGGAUUACAAAAAACCUUAGGAUAUGUGGGGAUUGCCAUAGUGCCAUAAAGUUCAUAUCAGGCAUUGUAGGGAGAGAAAUUAUAGUGAGGGACAACAAUCGGUUUCAUCAAUUCAAAGAUGGCAAAUGUUCUUGUAGAGAUUAUUGGUGAUGAUUCCAUCUUAUUUAACAAAUUUACCAAUCUUCAAACUUUAAA